AAGUGACAGUGACAUUUGGGUUAACAAUAAUAAUAGUCCUGCUGGUAGUUCUAAUAAUUUACUAACUUUUCGUUUUCAUACUGGAUUAAUAUUUAGAAUACAAAUUUUUAUUAAUUAUCUAAUAAUUCAGAUUAACCAGAGUCUUACGAGUUGCGAUGUGCUACGUGAUAAUAACCGGCCGCAGUUUAGCAUGGUUGCUGUUGAGUUUGGUCGCGUUUAUGCUAAUUUUAACCGGUAUUAUGACUCCAAAAUGGCUUUUAGGGCAGCCUGAAGUGUCGAACGAAAAGAAUGUUACCAAAUUCUACGUUCCCAGUGUUGGAAUAUACAAUAGAUGUAUUCGCAUGAGACAUGACAGUUACAACUGUGCACCAUUUUCUCUGUAUGGCCUGGCCACAGAUGCUGAGGUGUAUCCGAAACCUUGGAAGGCAGCUUUGUUCUUCUUGUCUUUGUGUGCAGCCAUACAAUUCGCUACAGUCCUGGGUGGUGUAAUGGCGUGUUGCGUUCAGUCUGUUUUCAAGAAGAGCGUCAUUUCUUUAGCAGGAGCGACACAAGCUUUAGGAGGAUUUUUUGGAGUGCUAGGACUGUUGUUAUACCCCUGGGGUUGGGGAUCGGCCAGAGUCAAGAGGUUGUGUGGUGAAUAUUCAGAGCCUUAUAUACCUGGAGAGUGUUCUAUUGGAUGGGCCAUGUUUGUGACAGCGACUGGUAUAGCACAGAUAUUCCUCGCCAGUGCACUGUCAAAGACAGCUGACAAAGCAGCCAACUCGGACAAAGUGCAGUUCCAAAUGGAUGAAGGCAACCAAUUGAUAUGUAUCGCUUGAUAACGCCAUCUGUGGGCCGAGUAAUUGAAUCUCUGCGUGCCAUUUGUAAAGGUAUUGGCACAGUAUCAAUUUGAACUCCAUCCACUUUUUUUAAAUGGUCUGAAAUAGUUCAUUAUCGUUCAACGAGACUAAAAAAAAAAUUCAUAUGUUUUUGAGACGUGAUUACUUGAAAAUUUUAGUUUUUAAAUAUGUUUUUGACAAUACGAGCCAAAACGCCUGUCGGCCUUUAAUAGUCUAUAUUUCAACUGUUUCAUGACGUCACUAAUAAAUCCCAUACAAAUGGAGAUUUGACAAAAAUAUUAGUUAACAAUUAGUUCGACGUUUAGUACAAGUGUGUUUAGUUCAAGUAUGUUAGUGACGUCACAAAAUGGACGACAGCGUUUUUGACGUUUGGAAAAUUCGAUUAAAUACGCGAUAUUUAAAUUAAGUUAUAAAGGAAACUUAACUUUUAUUAAUAGAUAUCGAUAUAUUUCGGACCCUUAUUCCAUGUACUACACGAAAUUAAUAUUGUUUAUAUUAAAUUUGUGUCAACUAACCUAUUUGUAUGAAAUUCCAUACUGCAACACAAUAAAAUCAGCUGUGGUUUGUGUUGCAUUAUGGUUAGGCUUAAAUUCAUUAAUUUUUAUUAGGUUUCAUUUAUACCGUCAACCUCGAACAUUUUAAUAGAUAUGUCAAUAGCGCGACGAAACUGAGACUGACGAAAGUGGCUAAUUGUCUUAAUUUCAUAUAGUGUCAUUGUGAAUUACGAAACUUGUUUAAACAAAUACUACCUAAAUAUUAUCUAUAAUGUCGAGUUGUGUAUUCAAGAAGUGUAAAAAUCAUAUAAACAUCAAUAUAAAUGUGCGCUAAGUCAGAUUUUUUAUAGGCACGUAACAUAUCUAAUUGUAGAAAAUAUCAAAUAUCAAAUCCUUUAUUUGCUGAUGCAGUUUACAAGGUCUUAACAAAUAAAUAUAAAUCCUUGGUCAACCUACGAUCGGCAAGCCGUAAACGCCAAUUCUCUUAGCCGUAGCCAAGUUAACGUCUAGCAAACGGCGAGGCAAUACGGCGUCGAUCCCUUUCCGAGUUGAUAUGUGUGCUAACCUUUAAACUAGGCUUCCUUAAGGCUGCUACUAAGGCCUAUAUGACGAUUUGAAUGUAUGACUGCAUAUUUGCUGUUUUGCUUUAAUAUCUUGUAAGUUAUUUAUUCAAAAAGUAAAUAGUUAACUUUGUUGCAAAGAAGAUGGUCCAAAAUUGUGUACUUUAAUUCUUUUGAAAUAAUAUUCAUUCUCUCCCAAGAACUGCAACAAUAUUAAGGGUAAUAAUGGCGGAUUAAUGACCUUUUCAACGCAGUAGUCGAUUUGAUGUUUGCUGUCAAUUGUCAUGUCAUAGUUGUUUAAGGGCGCCAUCUUGAUAUAACUCAAAAACUUGGGUUUUAAUUUUAUUUAUUUAUUUUUUAUUUAGUUAGAUUUUGAUAAAAUCCUUGUAUUUUUAAAAUUGUAAUCAUCACAUCAAACAUAUAGGCUGUUUUGGUGCGAAACUUGGCAAAAACAGCAUAUUUUUUGUUGCAAUUAAAAAAAAGUACCUACAAUUUGCUCGAUCGGCGACUCUGAGCCUUCUCAUGAGAACAUUUUAACUAUUAUAUAAUGACUCUUAAAUAUAUAAAAUUAAAAUAUUGUACCUAUGUUUCCACGCUUCGCUCUACUGAACAAAAACCUUUAUUCAAAUAGAAUAAAAAUAGAACUAUAUAAAAACAUCUUUCUCUUACGAUAAAUCUUUUUUUCGAAUAUAAGUAGACUGAUUUUUUUUUGUGUGCCGCAUAUUCUUAUGAUUAUUUUAUAUUUUUUAAACGAUUUCUAAAAUUUUUUUUUGAUCUUAAAAGUUAUUAUCUAAUACUAUUGUAAUGAUAUUAUUUUAUAUGUAGGAUAAUGAUCUUUCAUAGUAAUCUGUUACCGAUAUCAUUUAUGUUUAUGAAAAGUCGUAAAACAGAAUCUAGCAUUGAAUUUAUCAUUGCGUUUUAUAUUUUCUAUUGGCGAAAUUGUCUAAUAGACUAUAAGUUUUAGACUUAAACUGACAAAUAUUCUCAAACUAACCAUAGACUGAAACUUAACUUCCAUUUUAUACAUAUACACCUAUAUUGUCUAUAAUAUCUUAGUCAUAGGUAUAAUGAUAAUUCCAUAAUACUCACAUAAAUAGAAAUAUUGAAAUAAUAAUUAAUGUGACCAAUGUUUAUAAUAUUUUUUAUUGGUGCUUUAUAUAAUAAAAUUGGCCAGUGCAGUGCUAUAUUUUUUGGCUUUAGAUGUAUCAGUAUUAUUAUUUUUUUUAUUUGAAAUUCUUAAAUUUAUAUACCCAUCAGAACUGAGGGUAUAUCUUAAGGUUUUUAUACUUAUCGGCUAUGUAAUUUAAAUGUUAAAAAUGUUCCAUUUAGGUACUAUGCUUUGUCGGUUUAUGUCAAUAAGGUAUAUAAUAAAAUAAAAGUAACCAAGUAUCUCUGUAAUACAAGAGUAUGAUCCCAUAGUAUAACUAUAUUUUUCUUUUUAUCUAUAUAAAUAAAGUCUGUAUAUAGCUUGCGGGCGACGGGGGGAACUGACUGCGUGUGUGCCAAGUCGAGCGCGUGGGGGGGGGGGGGGGGGGUGGGGGCAGUGUGAAGGAUUGCGCAGGUAUGAAAUCAUGCGAGCGGGGUAUCGCUUCCCCCCUCCCGACCCGCGCGGACCGUCAGGACUGUUACGAACGAAUUCGCCAAGCUAUAGCUCUAGGGUUACGGGGUUGGACUCAAAUCUGACAGGUCCAGGGAUCUAUUCCGUCUUGGACUACUUUCCAUUCUUGGUAUUUUAACUUUGGUUUUCUAUCUCCGUUUAGUUAAAAAAAUAAAAAAUAUUUCCUAAAGUUAUUAAAAGGCGUUUGUUUUGGUAUAUAUAGGAAUAGACCGACAAUGUAUACCUACUUUUGAAUUGAAAUUAUAAUUUUGAAUUGAAUUAAAAUUAAUUUAAUUUAUUUUAAUAUACGAAUAGAUGUAUCUACAUUUGCUUUUAAAUAUAUUCUAGUGAUUAAUAUAUUUUUACUUGAUGUAUAACUUUUAUAAACUAACCCUAUAUGUAUAAUUUAAAAUAGAAUAGGUAUUCUUAAUCUUAAGACUUUACAACUUCAAAAACCUCUAUUUUAAAGACAUUCAAUGUUUUUAUAACAUACCUUCUAUAUGUAUAAAGUAGGUAUAAUUAUGUAUCUUUGUUAGGUAAAACAAUAUGUACAAACUUGUGUUUUCCCCAAACAAUGAUAUCGGAUUGUAUUUAAACAAACUACAACACAUUGUGCCUUGCUUCAAUUUAAUAGUUUCAUUAUAAUGUGACCCGGGUUUCUGCAUUUGCGGUCGUGGCUUCGAUUCCCACAACUGGGAAAACACACACUUGUGUAAUUCUGUAUGCGUUACUUGGGAUAGGCAGAGAGUGACUUGAGUGGUAAAGGGGAGUGUUAGUUAACUAUCAAAGACUUAACCCUACGCACAAAGUUCACGCACGUGAGUCCACUCAAGGUCAUUCUCUGCUAGUCGAUCUAGUUCUCUUUACGAGAUAAGUCCUUGACACAUGCUAGCUUGAUGAUUUUUUAUAUGAUCUCGUAACGCCAUCUGUUAGUUUUGAGGCAACACUAAUAUAUCAUCACCAUCACAACUUUACUCAUAGGUGAUAGAUAUUAUUAAUAAUAAUACAUGUUGCAUUUAUUUUUUAUAUAAAAAUUAUGAACGAUGCCUAUACAUAUAAUAUCUUGUAUCUCUAUAUUGUUAAGGGAACUUAAAUUAAGAAAAUAUACAACUUUUUUUGAAAUAAUACCUAUUUAAGAUCUUAAUUAUAGAAUGUAAGUAUUUUAUACUUGAACUAUUUUUGUCUGUAUUUUUACACAUUUUAAUUAUAUUAUAUUAAUACUAUGCAAUAUAAUUAUAUUAUACAAGAAUA